GAGAUGUGUGCUCCGCUCUGCCAUCUUUUGACGCAUCCGCGUCUGCCCACGGCGCUGGAGAGCAUCCGGAACAUACCCGACACAGCAGUGGCUCGCGGCGACCUUGGACAGACGAGCCAUUCAGUGCCGGCGGCGCAGACCGCAGGCUUCACAGGCCGCAGCUUCGAGCUCCAAAGAUUGGGCUUUUCUGCAGAGUGGCUGCGCUGGGUGAGCCAGGAGGAGUACGACUUCUGGCGAGCCAUGGGCCAGACAGCACCUUUCUCGAGGGAGGCACUGCAGGAUGUGGAGUACAGCGGCCCUCCAUCUGCUGAAGGCGUGCAGCAGCACAUGGAGGAGAAGGCCUUGUCGUCCCUCAUCCUCGAUGU